AUGUCCCCUCAACGUCGCACUCCAUGUCUCCUCAACGUCACACUCCAUGUCUCCUCAACCCAACGCUACUUGUCUCCUCAACGUCACACUCCAUGUCCCCUCAACGUCGCCCUCCAUGUCUCCUCAACGUCACACUCCAUGUCUCCUCAACCCAACGCUACUUGUCUCCUCAACGUCACACUCCAUGUCCCCUCAACCCCACGACACCUGUCUUCUCGACGUCACUCUCCCUGUCUCUUCAGCGUCACACUCCCUGUCUCUUCAGCGUCACACUCCAUGUCUCCUCAACCCCACGCUACUUGUCUCCUCAACGUCACGCUACUUGUCUCCUCAACCCCACGCUACUUGUCUCCUCAACCCCACGCUUCUUGUCUCCUCAACGUCACGCUACUUGUCUCCUCAACGUCACUCUCCAUGUCUCCUCAACGCCACACUCCAUGCAUCCUCAACUCCACGAUACCUGUCUCCUCAACCACAGGCUACUUGUCUCCACAACGCCACACUACUUGUCUCCUCAACGUCACUCUCCAUGUCUCCUCAACGUCACACUUGAUGUCUCCUCAAUCCCACGCUACUUGUCUCCUCAACGUCGCACUCCAUGUCUCCUCAACGUCACACCCCAUGUCUCCUCAACCCAACGCUACUUGUCUCCUCAACGUCACACUCCAUGUCUCCUCAACCCAACGCUUCUUGUCUCCUCAACGUCACUCUCCAUGUCUCCUCAAUCCCACGCUACUUGUCUCCUCAACGUCACACUCCAUGUCCCCUCAACGUCGCCCUCCAUGUCUCCUCAACCCCACGCUUCUUGUCUCCUCAACGUCACGCUACUUGUCUCCUCAACCCCACGCUACUUGUCUCCUCAACCCCACGCUUCUUGUCUCCUCAACGUCACGCUACUUGUCUCCUCAACGUCACUCUCCAUGUCUCCUCAACGCCACACUCCAUGCAUCCUCAACUCCACGAUACCUGUCUCCUCAACCACAGGCUACUUGUCUCCUCAACGUCACUCUCCAUGUCCCCUCAACCCCACGCUACUUGUCUCCUCAACGUCACUCUCCAUGUCCCCUCAACCCCACGCUACUUGUCUCCUCAACGUCACUCUCCAUGUCUCCUCAACGCCACACUCCAUGCAUCCUCAACUCCACGAUACCUGUCUCCUCAACCACAGGCUACUUGUCUCCACAACGCCACACUCCAUGUCUCCUCAAUCCCACGCUACUUGUCUCCUCAACGUCACUCUCCAUGCCCCCUCAACCCCACGCUACUUGUCUCCUCAACGUCACACUCCAUGUCUCCUCAACCCAACGCUACUUGUCUCCUCAACGUCACUCUCCAUGUCUCCUCAAUCCCACGCUACUUGUCUCCUCAACGUCACACUCCAUGUCCCCUCAACGUCGCCCUCCAUGUCUCCUCAACGUCACUCUCCAUGUCUCCUCAACCCAACGCUACUUGUCUCCUCAAUGUCACACUCCAUGUCUCCUCAACUCCACGAUACAUGUCUUCUCGACGUCACACUCCCUGACUCCUCAACGUCACACUCCAUGUCUCCUCAACCCCACGCUACUUGUCUCCUCAACGUCACACUCCAUGUCCCCUCAACCCCACGACACCUGUCUUCUCGACGUCACACUCCCUGUCUCUUCAGCGUCACACUCCCUGUCUCUUCAGCGUCACACUCCAUGUCUCCUCAACCCCACGCUACUUGUCUCCUCAACGUCACGCUACUUGUCUCCUCAACCCCACGCUACUUGUCUCCUCAACCCCACGCUUCUUGUCUCCUCAACGUCACGCUACUUGUCUCCUCAACGUCACACUCCAUGUCCCCUCAACCCCACGACACCUGUCUUCUCGACGUCACACUCCCUGUCUCUUCAGCGUCACACUCCAUGUCUCCUCAACAUCACACUCCCUGUCUCUUCAGCGUCACACUCCAUGUCUCUUCAACAUCACACUCCCUGUCUCCUCAGCGUCAUACCACCUGUCUUCUCGACGUCACGAUACCUGUCUUCUCGACGUCAUGCUACCUGUCUUCUCGACGUCACGGUACCUGUCUUCUCGACGUCAUGCUACCUGUCUUCUCGACGUCACGGUACCUGUCUUCUCGACGUCAUGCUACCUGUCUUCUCGACGUCACGGUACCUGUCUUCUCGACAUCACGAUACUUGUCUCCUCAACGUCACGCACCUGUCUCGUCAGCGUCACACUCCCUGUCUCCUCAACGUCACUCCAACUGUCUUCUCGACGUCACGCUACUUGUUUUCUCUAAGUCACACUACCAGUAGGUACGGCGCCAGACAUAUGUACACUGUAGGACGAGACAACUAUAAAUUCGUGUCGCAUAUUAUUGCUUGA